AUGCGCAUGCCGAAUGCCUAUGAAAUCUGCCUUGAAGCUAAUGGAUGUUGGCGUCUAAUUGAUCCGUUGCCGGUGAUCUAUCCGAGCACCGCCACAUCGCAGCAGCCGCGUCAGCAGCAGCCACAUCCCUCGUCACAACCCCAAUGCACCACUUCAUCACAAAAUGAUUUCAUACAGUCGAACCCUAGCAAUACAACGAACAAUAACACUGCUUCGCUACCGUUCACAAACACCACCAACAACGAACAACAACAGAUUCCAACCAGAAGUACGGCUCAUAAACGGGAACGAGACGAGAACACCUCAGCGGGUACUUACUAUUGCCUUUUUCAGUUAGCUCAUGGUAACAUAAUAUUGUAA